GGUAUACUACCGUGGGUUCUGUUGAUUAUUUAUCUUUACUGGGGGAUACUAGAGAACUAUAAAUCCUCGUUCUUUUACCGCUCUCCUUGAACCCGUCCAGAUUGUAAUUGAUUCUCAGAGUCUCUGAGACUCCAACCGGCAAGAUGGUGAACAUCACGGAGAAGAUCAAAGAAAUCGAAGAUGAGAUGCGCAGGACGCAGAAGAACAAAAACACAGAAUAUCAUCUGGGUACUCUUAAGGGAAAACUCGCCCGUCUAAGGGCCCAACUCCUCGAACCUACUGGUGCCAGCGGCGGAGGCGGCUCCGGCUUCGACGUAAGCAAGAGUGGUGACGCGCGAGUAGCCCUCGUCGGUUUCCCCUCCGUCGGUAAAUCCACUUUCUUGUCCAAGAUCACCAAGACCAAGAGUGAGGCCGCUGCGUACUCGUUCACCACACUCACGGCUAUCCCGGGUGUGUUGGAGUAUGGGGGCGCUGAAAUCCAGAUUCUGGAUUUGCCGGGUAUUAUUGAGGGUGCUUCUGAGGGGAAGGGGCGUGGGAGACAGGUUAUUUCUGCUGCUAAGACGAGUGACUUGAUUCUCAUGGUUCUUGAUUGUACAAAACGUGCUGAGCAGCGAUCUCUGCUGGAGGCUGAAUUGGAUGCUGUUGGCAUUCGACUUAACAAGGACCCUCCCAACAUCUAUCUCAAACAAAAGAACGCAGGCGGCAUGAAAAUCACCUUCCAAACACCUCCCAAAUCCCUCGACGAGAGAAUGAUCUACAACGUCCUUCGCGACUACAAAAUCCUGAACUGCGAAGUCCUAGUCCGCGACGAAAACGCCACAAUCGACGACUUCAUCGACGUAAUUAUGAAAGACCACCGUAAAUACAUCCGCUGCCUCUACGUCUACAACAAGAUCGACGGCGUCAGCCUGGACUUCCUCAACGAGCUCGCUCAUGAACCCUACACCGCGGUCAUGAGUUGUGAACUCGAUCUCGGUGUUCAAGACGUUGUUGAUCGGAUCUGGAAAGAAUUGAGAUUGGUCCGGCUUUAUACGAAGAGAAAGGGCGAGGAGCCGGAUUUUUCGGAGGCGUUGAUUGUGAGGCAAAACUCGAGUAUUGAGGAUGUGUGUGAUCAGGUUCAUCGGACACUUAAGGAGACGUUCAAGUAUGCGUUAGUUUGGGGGGCUAGUGCAAGACAUGUUCCGCAGAGGGUUGGGUUGGGACAUAUUGUGGCGGAUGAGGAUGUUGUUUCCAUUGUUGCGAAGUAAUAAAUAUUAGACGGUGGUAUGGUGGAUAUAGUCAUUAGAAUUAGGUCAAAUGUGCAACGACUUCAAUUGAUGACCCUGGAAGCAGAUCAUUUGCAUUAGUCUUCCUAGUGGUACGGUACACGGCAUAGCUACGCUUUAGGCAUUACUUGGAGA